AUGGAGCUUGAUUUGAAUCAGGAGCCUUUGGAUCAAACUACUAGCUCAGUAGUUGAAUUUGAUUCUGUAUUGGAAGAACUCGAAGCGGCCGAGGGAAAUAUUCGGAAUCGAAUAAGACACCUCGAGGAAAUUACUACGAGAGCGAGGCAGAGUCGAGGGUUGCCGCGGCGGAUGAUGAAUUCGCCGAUUCGGAUAACUAAUUUUAGGGGAGAUGCGGCAAGUGGUGAUGGUGUUCGAGAUGAAGAAGAAAGGGAGGAGCAGAAUGAUGUUGAGAAAGGUGGGAAAAGAAAAAGUGCGCAUUUGGUAGCGAAAGCGUUGGGGGUGGAGGAGAUUGAUGAUGGUAAAGUGGAAGAGAGUAGUGGGGGGUUUUAUGAUUGUAAUAUAUGUUUGGAUGUUGCAAGAGAUCCUGUUUUGACGUGUUGUGGGCAUUUGUUUUGUUGGCCGUGUUUCUAUCAGUUGUCGUAUGUUUAUUCGAGAGCAAAAGAGUGUCCUGUUUGUAAAGGGGAGGUUACUGAAUCAGGUGUUAUUCCGAUUUACGGGAAUGGUAAUGUUGGUGGUGAUUGUGAAAUGGAAAUGAAAGAGGCCGGUUUGAGAGUUCCUCCUCGGCCUAAAGCUCCUAGAAUUGAGAGUAUUAGACAGAAGUUGAUAACGCAGGGUGCAUCUUCUUCGUCUAUUGUCCAAAGCAUUCGGCGGUUUCAUAACCGGAUUGGUGGCUUUGGAGAACAAGCUCAGUUAGAAAGCCCUAAUAGUAAUACCAGAGGUGAUAGAAAUAAUGGUACGCUUGUUCGUUCUCGCACGCAGACUGAUAUUAAUCAACACGCUGGCAAUCAUCAGGUUUCGAGGUUGCUAGAACAAGGAGCUUCUUCAUUUUCAUCGCUUUCAUCAGCGUUAAAUUCUGCAAUGGAUUCUGCAGAAAGAUUAGUUCAGGACCUUGAAUCUUAUAUCCACGGUCACAAUAUAGGAGGAAGCAGAGAGCUAAACACUCGUGCUGAUAAUAGAAGUUCAACGUUUAGUAUUACUGCUACAAACCGCUCAGAGAGUCGUGCUCAAGAUGUUGUUGAUGUGGCCAAUUCUGCUGCUGCAGCAGCUAGAAGUGUUGACAAUAUUGCUGUUAUUGGUUCAGAAAUUCAGACAACUGAUAGAAACAUACAGAUUAGUCCGUUAGACCCUUCUUCAUCAAACAGUAGAAGAAGAAAUGGUGUUUCGAGACAAGUUUCAAAUGAACCCAGAAGAAGAAGAAGAUUGAGAUGA